ACCCUUGGUUCAAUGGGAGCAUCUUCAUCGAGAUCCCCUACUUAAUGAUCAUUUGCUAAAGUCAGCCAGCAUGGUUCUCAAUGAAGACUCCGACAUCUCGACCAAACGGGCACCUUGAUAGCCAUGGUCGGAUUCCCCACAUCCCGGCGCCGGUUAUCGGGCGGGACUCGCACGACGUCACAAAGUGGGGGUUCGGGUUGUCUCAACCAGCUGAACGCGAUAUGUUUUUAGGCAGUUUGAACCCUCCUUUAAACCCUCGGGUAAACUGUGUGUAUCGGAGCGCUACCAAAAUGACCGGAGUGAAGCUGCAGCCAACAAGAUUUGUGAGAUCGGUUCUUAAAUCCUUCAUGGCCGAGUCUGGUCUGGAGCCGAGACUGUUCGGACCCCAUCUACGUGUUGUGAAUGCAUCGAAGGGCAGAGUUGAUCUUGAGCUGGACAUAACGAAAGACCACACAAACCGCCUCAAGAUCAUCCAUGGAGGCACAAUUGCCAGUCUGGUCGACCUGGGUGGCUCCCUAGCCGUCGCCUCGGAAGGUCUGUAUGCUACUGGCGUUUCCACAGACCUAAACGUCACCUACCUCAAAUCGGGGGGCAAAGUGGGAGAUAAGCUUCAAGCGGUUGCGGAGUGCGAAAAGAUUGGCCCAACCCUGGCCUUCACCAAGGUUACCUUUACGAACCCCCUGGGAGAACUGGUAGCCAGGGGCAGCCAUACCAAAUAUGUCAAGGCAGCAUGGAAAGGAAGCCACCCAUAUACUCCUCCCGAGGGGGCCGAGAUUGCGGAUGAAGUUGACUGAUCCGUGCGUUCCCGAAUGUAUAUAACUCGAAUGAACAUGAACCUGGGCGGAGUGGAACGGUCGUUGCAUGUGUUAACGUGAUACCCCUAAAUUGAGAUUGUAUCACCGUUUGUUUGCCACGAGGCGGAGUCAGAGUGCUAUCUAUCAGGUACCGGCCGUGAUUUUUUCAUGCCCCGUAUUGGGCCUCCCUGACAGCGCAAACCGAUGGUGGCACUUUGGCACCUCGUGGCCAUCGCGGUCUGUGUCUCGUGGCAGGCAACGAAACGGGAGCUUGGUGUUUGCUCGUCGUCAUCUACCAUGCUCGCCAUCCUCCAGUGUAAAGAGUCUUCCCCUUUCUUUCAUUUUUUUCAUUUCCUUGAAUCUUGCCGUACCCAAACUGCAACCGAAAUCUCCGCCAACAUCUCUCGGUUACAUCCCCAGGCGCAGUUAACAUGGAGUUUUGCUUUUCUACCUUCGCCCUCGUGGCUUCUGUCUUCGCCCUCACACCUCCUGUCAAGCCCUACUUCUGGCAGCCUUCCUCUGCUAUAGUCUUUCCGACCCUCAACCUGACCGGCAACAUCUCCCCAUUCACGGGCAAUAACGCCAGCUUCAACGACCCUUGGUAUACUCUCAACCAAGCUGGCCAUUCUGUCCGGAUAACCGGCGGCAGCCUUAUCUCUUUGGCGGAAGCAAACAUCACCAUGCCCUUCCUCUCAGCUACCAACUAUACACAGUGGAUCGAGUUCGCAGUCACCAGCGACGGCAUCGUCGAAUGUCCUCAUUCCACCUUCCGCGCUGGUGUUGUUAUCACCCAAAAUCUCACCUCGAACACCGCCCCCCAAUACUACACCUUCUACACCACGCAGAUUGGAGGUCAAUUGUACACCCGGAGUUCGAGGUUCUCUCCGGCGACGAAAUUGGUGUCCAGAUCAUUGCCAACUCGAGCAAGUCGGGUAGAGUCGAGUUCUACAACGGGAGGACCAAGGCCUUCUGGAAUCAAGACGUCAACGAUAUCAUAUACCUGCGCUGUGCUUGAAGGGUGCGAACUGGGCGGCUGCCCGCUCUCUGCUUCUAUGGUAUUCCCCAUAAAUCUAUGGUUCAGUGGAAGGGGAUGAAGUGGGGGACGGCUGAAAAUAGCGUCUAUGAAGCUGACAAAGGGCCAGGAAAACAGCAUACCAUGCGCAUGGUGAAUAGUACGGCCAAUUGGGACAUAUUGGUGUGGAGUGCCUGGAACAACAUGACAAACGGGUUGGAUUGUAAGAUCAUGGACCGAGAGUGGAGACAUAAAUUCGACAAGCCUCCUCAAUAACACGCCUCUAGCUGUCUUCGGCAUAUAGUCAACAAUUAAUCAAGGGGUGUCUCUGCAUUGCAAACCCCAUAUUUGUAUGGAAAAAUCGUCUUCUCGCUGUUCACCGAUUGUUGCGCGCAUCUCUCGCACUGCCUUUGACCUGUGAAUGGGCCAAACCAAUUGAAGCCCGUUUGUGAAGCUGUGCUGGAUUUAGUGGGUGGUAAUGGUGAAAGUGAUGGUGCAUAACAGUUCAGGGGC